AUCAUGUUUAUUCAGGAGGUGGAGACCUGUUAGGACGAGCGCGUUUACACUCUCCAGGAGCGCGCAGUGUGCCACACGCUGGAACAAAAAGCAGCUCAGUGCAGCGAGUGCAGCGCAGGCAGGUUUCCGUUUUAAAAGCAGCAGGAGAGGCGGGAGAGUUGCGGAGUCCGCGGGGAAGCGGUGCCUGUGCAUGAGGAAGACGGAGCCCGGGAUUUUGCGAAGAAAUCAGCGGCGAAACUUGGAUAUGGCGGCGGGUGUGAAGACGUUCGACCUUCUCGUUGGAGUUGUUUUAGUUUUGCAGUGUGUGGUGGAUGCCCGAGCCGAGAUCACGGACAGUAACGGGGUCUCUUACUCGUACGUGCAGGGGCAGGCGGCAGAUGAGGACACAGACGUGGAUGUGAAGCUGUACAGUCACCGGUGGAGGAGAUGGCUUCCCCCGAAACCUCGUAACAUGGACAGUAACAGGGCCAGUCAGGAGCAGGAGCAGGUUCCAGAGCAAGAGGAGCCCGAGGGCUUCCCGGGCCUGCUGUCUGCAGAGGAAACAGACAACAGCUCCCAGAUAGAGGAGGACACAGAUCACAACUACUACACAUCAAAAACCUACAACCCGUCAGAUCCGAUGAGCAAAGACUUGUGGGUAGAUAUCGACCAGAUGGACAAGGACAAAGUGAAGAUUCACGGGAUUCUGUCCAACACACACAGACAAGCAGCAAGAGUAAAUCUGUCCUUCGAUUUCCCUUUUUAUGGACAUUUCCUGCGUGAAAUCACCGUGGCCACUGGUGGGUUCAUCUACACGGGUGACGUGGUCCACCGGAUGCUCACAGCUACGCAGUACAUCGCUCCUCUGAUGGCGAACUUUGACCCCAGUGUCUCCAGAAACUCUACUGUCAUCUACUUUGACAACGGUACGGCUCUGGUGGUGCAAUGGGACCACGUCCACCUGCAGGACAACUACAACCUGGGAAGCUUCACCUUCCAGGCGACGCUACACAACACUGGCAGGAUUGUUUUUGCAUACAAAGAGAUCCCCGUUGAGGUGUCACAGAUCAGCUCUGUCAAUCACCCGGUGAAGGUGGGCCUGUCCGACGCCUUCGUGGUGGUCCACAAGAUCCAACAGAUACCCAACGUGAGGCGGAGGACGAUCUACGAGUACCACCGCGUUGAGCUGACGAAGACAAAGAUCACCAAUUCUACAGCCGUGGAAAUGUUGCCUCUACCCACCUGUCUCAAGUUCACCAGCUGUAGCUCCUGCAUCUCCGCGCAGAUCAACUUCAACUGCAGCUGGUGCCAUCGGCUCAACAGAUGCUCCAGUGGCUUCGACCGCCAUCGGCAGGACUGGGUGGACAACAGCUGCCCAGACGAGACCAAGGACAAGAUGUGUGACAUCAUCGACACCACGUAUCUCUACCCCUUCACCACCACGAGUGUUGCCAAAACAACGUCAGGGAGCAAAGAGGCCACUGCAGGCAGGGACACAGCCUCCACCUCCCACCCGCCCACCAGCGUCCCCACUGAAGAUGAUACCAAGAUCGCCCUGCAUCUCAGAGACAACCAGGUGCUGCCUGCAGACAGUGCCGUGGACAGGAAGCCAGGCACACACCCUCUGCACACUGGUCUGAUCCUCGGCAUCCUCCUGGUGAUGCUGGUCAUGGUGGCCGGCGUGCUGGUCACCGUGUACAUCUACCACCACCCGACCUCCGCAGCCAGCCUCUUCCUUAUUGAGAGACGCCCAAGCAGGUGGCCAGCCAUGAAGUUUCGCCGGGGCUCGGGUCACCCAGCCUACGCCGAGGUGGAGCCAGUGGGCCAGGAGAAGGAGGGCUUCAUCGAGUCCGAGCAGUGCUGAAGGAGGAGGGGGCGUCUGCAUCCCCGCGGCCCCCCUCCCCUUCUCCUCCUGUGCCAGCCCUCCCUCCCUCCUGCUCCACAGGGACUUCUCAGCAGGAACCUCCAGGAUCUGCUUAUCAGUGUACACAAUGACUCGUUAAGACUGUGGAAUCGGCCCAUUGAGCGCUAGAUGAGACUGGAUACGGCAGCCAACGAUAAGAGGAAGCGAGAAAGCCCUGAAAACUGAUCCCAGACAAGCCCAUUGUUCGGCUCCUGUUGGCAGAGAGCUGACCUGCUGGGGACAGAGGGAGGGAGCAGCAUUGAUGUCAUCGACUCAGUCAGCAUUGGUUAAGUUUAGUGCGGCUGGAGGGAUUGUACAGCCUGACUGCCUCGGCUGGAUACUGGUGUGGUUGAGGGGGGAGCAGGGUGAAUUAUACAAUAUAUAUUUUCAAAAAAAAUACAGAGUAUGUGAACACAGAUUUCCACUUUAUUGUCGGUGGGGUUAUACUGUAUAGGCCUUCGUAUAUCCAUCAGGUUUUUACUUCUUUUCCUUUUUCUUUCAGUACAUUGUUUUCACAGGGGGUUGGCACAUCUGUCUGUACAGACUGCUAGUAUUGCUUUUCAAUACCAUCGCAGGCUUAAUUGACUUUUCCACUGGCCGCUCUGCACAGAGAGGCUGAGAACUGUGCGAUAUGACGUGAGCUGAAGUCCUGUCACUGCGAUCGAUCGCAGCUCGGAGAAGAGCUCUGAACGUUCAGCAGCAGAGCUGAAUUAGAUUGUGAUGUUUUGGCUGGUUUCAUUUUCUGAAAAUGAAGUGUAAGAUGUUUUUUUGUGCACUGAGAGUAUCUCAGUCGCUUUUUAAACAAUGGGUGAUGGGCACUCUAUCCUUCUCAAUCUUUUGAUUGGUUCUUUGAUUGAUUACUUACAUCAUGGAUACCAUUUUAUGUAUUUUUUUCGCAGUUUUUUUCAUGACUGCCGUGCCAUUUUGUCCCUGACUAGAGUUUGCACAUUUUUUUUCUCAUUUGACAUGUGGUACUAAUGCAAAAUUACAAGACAGGCGCUUGUGAGUGUGUAUGCUGAAUAUAUUUUCUUAAGUGUAAGUGAUGUGUGUGUGUGUGUGUGUGUGUGUGUGUGUGUGUGUGUGUGUGUGUGUGUGUGUGUGUGAAUGCAGAAGAGAGCAGUUUACAUUAGUAAUUGGAUAGCCACCUGCUUUAUGGGUGCAUAUGUUUGAGCUGGCUCUGCACAGGUGAUUCUUAUUGAUUUGAAUCUGAGGUAUCUGGAUACAGUUUGUGUGUGAGCCAGAAAACACACUGGUAUGGUUGGAGUUUUCCUUGAUUUCUUUUUUUUUUACAGUGUGGUUUUCUUUUCCAGUAUGUUGCCAGCAUAACCAUAGGCUAGCCUGUGUUUAUGUUAUGAUCAUUGGCUCAUCCGUGUCAACACAUUAAUGUAUAUACCAAGGCCAAAACAUUUGCAGAUUCAGGUAACUCAUGGCAAACAUUUGUAGUAUAGCAGUAUAGUACAGGAAAAAAAACUUUUUUAUUUUUUAUGAGUGGCCUUUUUUUCUCUACUUUUUUACUUAAAUGUGAAUACUAUUUCAAUCAUUACUGUCACCAAUCAACACACAAGGCUUCUGACUGAACAAAAAUAUAUUAUCUCAAGACAAAAUCAUGUUUUUACACCAAUGAUUGUAGACUCACUUAAGAUCCUGGAAUUCUACUGAAAAAAUUAAACGUGCAAUAUUACACCCAUUCAGUUUGACACUGUAAAUACAUUCAAAUAACAAUCAUCUGGAUUUUCUUUUUUAAUUCACACUUUGUCGUCAUCACAUUGAGACCAAAGACUAAUCAGCAUUAUACUUUCAAGUAUUUACCUCAAACUCCCCACAGCCUCAGCAGCCAUACCACCAUCCACAUGUAGUUGUAGCUAACAUUAUACACCUUUAUUGGUUAUAACGAUGUUUUGCAACCAUUACAAAGUCAUAUAAAACUGAUAAACAGCUGACAGUUCUCCAAACUUUCUCAAGCUUUUGGAUAAUUAUGUUUUACCAGUGUACAUGGGAAAUAAGAGAGAUACCCUACAUUUCAUGAGUUUAAAGGUUGAUGUCUCUUUCUUAACCGUUUCCAAACCCGCAACUAUAAGAGCAAAAGUGUGAGGAAUCGAUUAAUGUGUGUUUAAUUGACUAAAUGUAACUUGCAAUAGCAUAUCCGGCUAACUAGCUUCCUUCCAACAGUAACCGAGCGCAACUCCCAAUGCCAAGAAGCCAACACACUAGCUAAUACUACACUAGCGAAACUCUAGUUAGCAUUACCAAACCCAUAAAUAUAAGAGCAAAAAGUGUUAAGAACUGAUUAAACUGCGUCUUUAAAUGCCCUAACAUAACUUGCGAUCGUUAGCAUAUCCGACUAACUAGCUUCCUACCAAAUGUAGUAACAUUAACCGUGCAUAACGUUACUUCCAAUACCAAUAACCUAAUAUGCUGGCUAAUACUAGCUAAUGCUAAUUAGCUAUAGUAGUUAGCUAUAACUAACGUAGCUAUCUAGUUAUAGUGUGUUACGUUAGUUAUGUUACAGUUUAAAAUACAAAUAAAAACCUUAUAAUUGUGUGGA